GGAUUGAAAAAUUUAGGUGACGAUGGGUGAAGGAGAAAUAAGGACAGAGGGGGUAUGUGAUGUCGAUGACACGAUUUUCGUGGCUGUGGGAGAGAAUGUGGAGGAGGGCAAAUCUUUGUUGUCCUGGGCAUUGAAAAGCUUUGCUGGAAGAAAUAUCUGUAUUCUUCAUGUUCAUCAGCCUACUCAUUCACCUUCCCUCAUGAAUGAAAGGCUUUCAGAAGCAGUUGAGAAAUUUCAGGAAAUUGAACACCAAAAGAUGCACAGCAUUUUGAAUCAGUAUCUUCAACUUGUUGAGCAAGUCGAGAUUCGACCAGGUAAAAUUUGGAUUGAAAUGAGCAAUAUCGAGCAAGGAAUUCUACACAUCAUUUCUCAUCAUGGAGUUAAAUGGCUUGUUAUGGGAGCAGCUGCAGAGAAAUACUACUCCGAGAACUUGUCAGAACUCAAGUCAAAUAAAGCAAUUUUUGUUUGCCACCAUGCACCAGUUCCAUGCCAAAUUUGGUUUUCCUGUAAAGGUUGCCUCAUUCGGACUAGGUCUGAUGAAAUUGGAUCUCAUUUAGCUGGGGUUGUGCCAUUAUCUUCUAAAACAAACAAGGUGACAUCAUUUUUGCAACAUCAUAAAGAAGAUGCUGACAAAGAUGUUAAGAUUACAGUGUCUGAAUUUGAAGAAAACAUGGUUCAUGGUCAGAAUUUAACACAUUCAAUGACUGGAGAUGGCUCAUCAUUAUACUUACCACAUUCAAUGACUGGCGAUGGCUCAUCAUUAUACUUACCAAGCAAUUCGCAAAAUUCACCUUUUUCUUCAUCCGUAGAUUUUCUGGGAGAUAAACUUGAAGUGAAAGGAAGGAUUGAUAAUCAAUCAGAGUGUGCUAUUAUAGAUGCUGAAAAGUCUAAGCAGAGGCAAACUGAGGAGCCAGUAAGAGGAUGGAGAGGUGACAGAGAUAUGUUGGAAACAUACACGGCUGAAGCAUCAGAGACUUUUUACUUGAAAGAGAUUAACUCGAGAAGUUAUAUGGAAGAUUUGCUGAAAAAGCAAAGGCAAGAACUAGAAAAAAUGAAAAAUAAGCACAAUCAAAUCGUAAAGGAACUUCAGCUGGUCCAGAACCAAAAGCUUUCUUUAGAAAGAAAAUUCAUGGAAAACUGUUCUACAGAGGAGGAGUUAGAGGAGAAGAUUCUACAAGCAGUGAAACUCUUGAUAAGUUUCAAGGGGAAGCGUGAUCUGCUAUGGAAAGAGCAGGAAAGGGCAUUAAGAGAAUCUCAUAAGUUUCAAAAAAUGGUAAAAGAAGAUGUUUGUGCCAUGCAUGUCUCUCAUUUCUUUGAUAUUUCUUUCUCGGAGAUCAUUGAGGCUACUCGAACUUUUGAUCCAUCGAUGAAGAUUGGAGAGGGAAGAUUUGGGAGUGUUUACAAGGGAAUAAUUCACCAUGUCAAGGUAGCUAUAAAGAUGUUGCCCUCUUGUGGUUCUCAAAGUGAUUCCGAUUUUGAACACAAGGCAGAAAUUUUAAGCAGGGUCAGGCAUCCAAACCUUGUCACACUGCUUUGUGCCUGUACUGAAUCUAGGUCACUUAUUUAUGAGUACCUUGAAAAUGGAAGCCUUGAAGAUCACCUUGCUGGCCAUUUGAAAAGUCGUUCUCUUCCCUGGCAACUUCGCCUAAGAAUUGCUAGCGAGAUAUGCUCUGCCCUCAUCUUCCUGCAUGCACACAAAAGCAGUAUAGUCCAUGGUAAUCUAAAGCUUAGCAACAUCCUUCUUGAUGCCAAUUUUGUCAGCAAAAUAAGUGACUUAGGUAUCAAAAACUUCCAAAAUGAUGAGAAUCCAUAUGGUAAGAAUGACUUGGAGGCUUCUAUAUAUCUCGAACCAGAAUAUGUUGAUGGAAGGCAUGUGACAGAAUCUGAUGUAUACUCGUUUGGAAUAAUACUAUUACAACUUUUAACAGCAAGACCUGCCUCCAGUAUAAUUAGAGAUAUGCGGUGUGCCAUGGAAGUUGGGAAUGUAAGUACUGUUUUGGACCAUUCAGCUGGUGACUGGCCCCUUGAGCAAGUGACACUGUUGGCUUUUUUGGCAUUAAGGUGCUGUGAGGAGAACCGACUCAAUCAACCAGACCUAGUGGCAGAAGUUUGGCCUGUAAUUGAACCUAUGAGAGACUUGUGCACUUUGUCAUGCUUGGGUUCAACUUCUUCGCGCUUGGAUUCGACUGCUCAGCAACGGAUUCCUUCUAAUUUUGUCUGUCCCAUAUUUCAGGAAGUAAUGAAGGAUCCACACAUAGCAGCUGAUGGUUUUACAUAUGAAGGCGAUGCAAUAAAAGGAUGGCUGAACAGCGGUCACAAGACUUCACCUAUGACAAACCUACAGCUCGAUCAUUGCGAUCUGCUUCCUAACUACGCUCUUUACUAUGCAAUUCAGGAAUGGCAACAAAAGUCCUGAAACAUUUUCUUGCUUUUUAGGAGUACAUAGACCUGACAAGCAUUGGUACAUACCUUAUAAAUGCGUAAUACAGUGUAAAGAGAAAACAUAGCAGUGCAAGCUACAUGUGCCUUGAGUCAUAUGAUCAACUAUUCCAGGAAUGAGGUCUUUCAAACCACUGGAAACAUUUUCUGUAGCAUAUUUAGAAUAUGCUGAUGUAUGUUUUAUAUUUGACUUGAAGGCCAAAGUGUUGUUCUCAGUUGGUUUAGGUAAUUCGACUGCUGAAGUAUGAAACGUUUUCCUGCUUUCUAA